UGACGUCAGGUAAAGCAGGCUCGGUCUGGGUGCCGAUACGGGAGCGCGCCUCUCUUUUCUACGCUGGCUGAAGUGGCAGGCGGCUGCUGUUCGCGUGUGCUGUGCUGCGGCGCGGUGUCUUGUGUUUAUGGCUAUCUGAAUGCAAACCCUGGACAGAGAGAGAGAGAGAGAGAGAGAGAGAGAGUUCAAACCCCUGUAUGCAGCAAGUGCAGUCAGCUUGAGGACGGGAGAAGCUAGGUGCAGACUCAGAGAGUCAAGGAAUUCAAAUAAAACCCGACCCACAUCACGGCUGCCCGUGGUUCAAACUGAAGAUGCGCUUCCAACAGAUUUGGAAUACAGUUCGACAGGAGCUGGAGCUAUGAAGACGUUUCUUGGAUUAAUAGCUUCUCAACUAUGACGACUACAGCUAGUACUACCAGUUCACCAGUUUGAAGAUUGUUGCAAGAGUCAGCUAAAUAUUUAAUAAUACCCCCCGCUCGUACUGAGACACCCAAAAGAUGGAAAACUUCAUUUGGAUCUGCGAAUCGGACAGUAAAAUAUCUAAUAACUGUUGCUAACAGCGAUCAGGACAAAUGACAUAGGAUGAUCACUGCUCGUCACCUCUUUCUGUCUGUGCUGUCAUCCCUUCUUGUGCUGGCUGUGGGCUUGCAGCUUCUGAGUCAGGACAACGCGUGCUCCACAGUGGUCGCGGGGGUGCUGUACGGCUCCUUCUCGCUCAAGGACAUCUUCCCCAAGAUCGUGACGGGCUGUUCCUGGACCUUGGAGAACCCAGACCCCACCAAGUACUCGCUGUACUUCAGAUUCAACUGGGAGGAGCACGCCUGCCUCCACCUCUCCCCUAUGGUUUUGCCCCUGGACCACUACCUCUCCAACCACACCUGCACGCAGCUGGACUACAUCGACUACGAAGGAGUGCAGCUGUGCGAAUCCAGGGCUCCUGUCACCUUCCUCCAGUUCGACAAGAACUUUGUGCAGCUCUGCUUGACCGGAGAAGCAGAGGAUGUGCCGUUCCUAGCGGAGGAGACUCUGGAGUUCCACCUUGUGGAAAUUCUGCUUAUCAACAAUGAGAACUCCAGCCAGUUCACAUGCGGGAUCCUGUGCCGCUGGUUUGAGGAGUGCCUUCGCUCCAACAGAAAGAGUGAACAGUGUGGAAUUACCCAGACGGGAUGUAUCUGCCCAGAGGUCCUCCCCCCACCCCCACCUCUGUCGGCGGCCAGGCAAAACGAGUCAGUCUCCAACGUGAUACUCCCCCCACCCAGCAGUGAUUGCUGCGUCACCGAAUUCCAUUCUACGAAUGCUUACGAUGUGGCCCCCAGAGACGCCAGGCAAGAUCACGAGGUAGACGAGGAACAGAAGGUGAAGACCCAACGACCCAGAUCAGCUGAUCAACCAGGCACCUUCCAGGCACAGACAGGAGACCCCGCCGCGGAAGAGUGGUCCCAGUGGAGUGUGUGCUCCCUGACCUGCGGACAGGGCUGGCAGGUCCGGACACGCUCCUGCGUCUCCUCUCCGUACGGGACUCUGUGCAGCGGACCCCUGAGAGAGACAAGGCUCUGCAACAACACGGCCACCUGCCCAGUGCACGGGCUGUGGGAGGAGUGGUCUCCGUGGAGUUUGUGCUCGGUAACGUGCGGGAGAGGGUCCAGAAUGAGAACGCGGACCUGCAGCGCUCCGCAGCACGGAGGAAAGGCCUGCGAGGGGGCCGAGGUGCAAAAUAAACUCUGCAAUAUCGCUGUGUGCCCCGUGGAGGGGCAGUGGUUGGAGUGGACUCCCUGGACCAGGUGUUCAGUCACGUGUUCCAAUGGCACUCAGCAGCGCACGCGGCGGUGCAGUGUCUCAGUUCACGGCUGGACCGAGUGCAAAGGUCCCCAUGCGGACAUCCGGAACUGCGUUCUCACAGCCUGCCCAGCGGAUGGGAAGUGGGGUAACUGGAAUCACUGGAGCCUGUGCUCGAAGACCUGCGACACAGGCUGGCAGCAGCGGUUCCGGAUGUGCCAGGGGACGGGGGAGCAGGGCUACCCCUGUGAGGGGUCAGGGGAGGAGCUACGCACCUGCAAUGACAAGAAGUGUCCAGCUCCCCAUGAGAUGUGCCAGGAUGAAUACAUCGUGUCCAUGACCUGGAAGAGAGCAGCAGCUGGGGAGAUUAUUUACAACAAGUGUCCGUCAAACGCAACAGGAUCUGCCAGUCGUCGUUGUUUGCUGGACACUAAUGGAGUUGCUUACUGGGGCCCUCCGAGCUUCGCCAGAUGCAUCUCACACGAGUACAGAUACUUACAUCUAUCACUUCGAGAGCAUCUUGCGAAGGGUCAGAGGACCCUGGCUGGGGAAGGUAUGUCUCAGAUCGUGAGGAGUCUCCUCGAGUUAAUGUCCCGGAAGAGCUAUUACAGCGGAGACCUCUUGUUCUCAGUGGAGAUUCUCCGAAAUGUGACCGACACCUUCAAGAGAGCAACCUACAUCCCAGCAGCAGACGACAUACAGAGAUUCUUCCAGGUAGUCAGCCUCAUGUUGGAUGUGGUAAACAGGGAGAAAUGGGACGAUGCACAGCAGGUUUCCCCGGGCUCAGUGCAUCUGAUGCGGGUCGUGGAGGAUUUCAUCCACCUGAUCGGGGAUGCUCUCAAAGCAUUCCAGAGCUCUCUCAUUGUCGCCGACAACCUUGUGAUCAGCAUCCAGCGCGAGCCAGUGACGGCCGUCUCCAGCGACAUCCACUUCCCAACGAAGGGCAGAAGAGGGAUGAAGGACUGGGCUAGGAGCUCGGAAGACAAGCUCUUCAUCCCCAAGGAGGUCUUCACCCUGGCAUCAUCAGAAUCGGAUGACGCCUCGUACUUCGUAAUAGGAGCCAUCCUGUAUCGAACACUGGGGCUGAUCCUGCCGGCGCCCAAGAGCCCCUUGGUCGUCAGUUCCAAGGUUCUCACGGUGACGGUCAGGCCGCUUCCCAAACCACAGGAGCCGCUGGUGGUCGUGGAGCUCUCGCCAGUUUUAAAUGGCACCUCGGACCCUCGCUGCGUCAUCUGGGACUACUCCAAAACGGAGGCUGGCACUGAAAACUGGGACACACAAGGCUGCCAAACCCUCCAAUCUCCUUCCAUCCACACCAAAUGUCUUUGCGAUCAGAUCUCCACCUUCGCAGUGCUAGCUCAGCAACCUAAAGAUCUGGCUAUGGGUCCUUCUGGAGUGCCCUCAGUCCCGCUAAUGAUUGGGUGUGCAAUCUCAUGCGUGGCCCUGCUCAUUUUGUUGGCUGUUUAUGUAGCUUUUUGGAGGUAUAUAAAGUCAGAGCGGUCCAUCAUCUUGCUCAAUUUCUGCCUGUCCAUCUUGGCGUCAAAUGUCCUCAUUCUCGUGGGCCAGUCGCAGACUCUCAGUAGGGGGCUGUGCACGAUGACCGCCGCCUUCCUCCAUUUCUUCUUCUUGUCCUCGUUCUGCUGGGUGCUGACGGAGGCGUGGCAGUCCUACCUGGCCGUGAUUGGAAAGAUCCGGACAAGCCUCAUCCGCAAGCGCUUCCUCUGCCUGGGCUGGGGAUUGCCUGCGUUGAUUGUCGCUGUGUCUGUGGGGUUUACCCGAGCCAGGGGAUACGGCACAGCUAACUACUGCUGGCUCUCCCUGGAGGGUGGUUUGCUCUAUGCGUUUGUUGGCCCUGCAGCAGUCAUUGUUCUGGUUAACAUGCUGAUUGGGAUCGUGGUGUUCAAUAAGCUGAUGUCUAGGGAUGGAAUUUCAGAUAAGUCCAAAAAGCAGCGUGCUGGUCAGGCGAUCGAACCCUGUAGCCGACUGCGUCUCAAAUGCUCCAAGUGUGGGGUUAUCUCGAGUACAGCUCUCUCCUCCACCACCGCCAGCAACGCCAUGGCGUCUCUCUGGAGCUCUUGUGUAGUGCUCCCCCUGCUGGCUCUCACCUGGAUGUCAGCCGUGCUCGCCAUGACAGACCGGCGUUCCACCCUGUUCCAGGUUCUAUUCGCUGUCUUUGAUUCGGUGCAGGGCUUUGUCAUUAUCCUUGUGCACUGUGCCCUGCGCAGAGAGGUGCAGGAUGCUGUGAAGAGCCGCAUGGGGGUCUGUAAGAGUGAGGAGAGCGAGAACUCUCCCGAUUCCUGCAAGAACGGCCAGGCCCAGAUCAUGACAGAUUUUGAAAAGGAUGUGGACCUGGCUUGUCAAACAGUCAUUUUUAAAGAAGUGAACACGUGCAACCCUUCGACAAUCACGGGCACGCUGUCCCGAAUCUCGUUGGACGAUGACGAAGACCCCAAACUCCACACCAACACGGAAGGCCUCCACUUCUCCAGCCUGCCGGGUAACAUCCCCCCUCCUAACAUCCUGGUCCAGGUCCCGCAGGUGACUGGCUUGAACGAGCUCAACGAACAGACCCUCAAGAAAGAUGUGAACCUGGACCCGCGUGGGCCCAUGUACUCAUGUACUGACAACCAUCUGCGUUCAUUGGAGCUCAAUUGGGCCAGGCCUCAGGAGGCCAGCUCGGAAGGGGACUACAUGGUCCUGCCCAGGCGGACAGUCAGCCUCAAGCCCUUCUCCAAGAAUGAGGGCAAACCGCUCAACAUCAAGAUGGAGCACCCCACCCAGCUGGCCCUGGGCCAACGGCCGGCCGAGACGGACAUGUACCCCAAUUUCGUCUCGGUGGACCACAUCAGCAUGAACCUGAACCAGUCCUAUGGCACUCUCAAGCACCCCCACGGGCUGCAGUUCAAACAGCACCCCUCAGUACGGCAGAUCCUGGCCUCAGAGCUUGGGGACAAGAGCAGGACCAUGCCCCGGGGCAAGGGAGGCUCCAGCCUGACCGGGGGCUCCUUGGAAAGAAAAAGAGUACGGUAUUCUGACUUGGAUUUUGAGAAGGUGAUGCACACUCGGAAACGGCACUCCGAGCUCUACCACGAACUCAACCAGAAAUUUCACACGAUCGAUCGGUGCAGAGAACCGUCCACAGCGACUUUCAAGAGAGAAAAGCGGUGGAGCAUUUCGUCAGCAGGAGGUGAAAAGAACUCUUCGAGUGAUAAGUCAACUCCAGAAGACCAGCAAUCCUGGAACAGCUUCAGAGUAAUGACUCUAAACACCAUGCAGACAAAGCAGAAAGACAAGCUGGAACUGCACUGCAAAGACUGGGAGACACCCAGCUCAGAAACUGUAGAUACAUCCGAGGGAGACUUUCAAACUGAAGUUUGAUAACAACUUUUAAUAACAAAAGAAUGAAUGAAUGGAAGAAAGAACAAUCACACACACACACAAGUAAAGAAGAGGCUGCAUAACAGUAUAUAU